UGACGGAUUGGGGUUCUACCUUAUAUUUCGAGUUGUGGAUGUCUUUGCGAAAAAGAGCUUUUUUUGCAAAAGUAAUGCAGAUCGAAGAUGAGAUUUCCUUGACGAAGAUGGUGACAUCCUAGAUAUUAUUAGCUUCGGAUUUCCAAGACACUAUUAUGAACGUACAGAUUUUUUAACGAGAUGGACGACCUAUCGUUUUUCAGGAGAUUUCAGCUCCAAAAAAACACUGUCUUUAGAUUGGUAGAACAAAUAAAGCAUCAACUCGAGUUUGAUAACAAUUUGAAUAAUAGUGUGUCGCCCAUUAAUCAGCUCCUUACAUGCCUACGAUUUUAUGCCUGCAAUGCACAUUAAAAUUGUAUUGGAGACUUUAUUAGCAUGGACCAGACAACAGCAUCCCGUAUAAUUGCAAAAGUUUCAAGAGCAAUUGCAGGUUUAUCAAAUCGAUAUAUCAGAAUGCCCAAUGAAGCUGAUGAAAUAAUAAGAGUUCACAAUGGCUUCUAUAGGAUCUGUAGAUUUCCACGAGUCAUUGUAUGUAUUGACGGGACGCACAUAAAGAUGCAAUCACCAGGAGCUCAGGGUGUAGAAGUUUUUCGUAAUAGAAAGUCAUAUUUUUCUAUAAAUACUCAAAUAGUUGCGGGGCCAAAUUUGAAAAUAUUUGACAUUGUUGCUCGAUGGCCAGGAUCUACCCAUGAUUCAACUAUUUUCAAUGCCUCCCACCUAAGAACACUCAUUGAAGGGAGACAAUUUCAGAACGCGGUGCUCUUGGGAGAUAGUGGCUACCAGCUGAAAGUCUACCUAACGACACCUCUACAAAAUCCAGGCAUUCUUACAUGCAAUGUAGUAGAAACAGUGAUUGGUGUUUGGAAGCGUCGGUUCCCAGUAUUAGCCUAUGGUAGUAGGUGUCGAUUAGAUACCGCUUUAACUACAAUCAUUGCAACUGCUGUGCUAGCAAAAUAUGGCCGUGAAUAUGCUAGAGGAUUUGCCUCCCUAUCCAAAAGAACUCAAUGGUCAAGAGCUGGAUUCCCUAAUUUUACAAGGAGACAUUCCUCAUGUACAUGCAGCGAAUGUUGGUCAAGACCCAUUUAAUUUUCGCCAAAAUCUAAUAGAUUAUUUUAGUUAUUUUUAAAACAUCGGGAUAAUAAAUACACAAUUUGUGGAAAAACUACAUACUUUUUAAAACUUUGCUACAGUAUCUUUAUUGCAUUGAAAAGAAGUAACAUAUAGUAUAUUAACACAAAGAAAUAAUUUUCAUUGUAAGGCAUUGGAAUU